UUACGUGUGUCCUUAAGUGCUAUAAAAACACUUAGCUGUUGAAUUUUAAAAUCCUCGGCUACUAUCUGUAUAUAUACUAUUCCGUUCAAUAGCUAGUUGGUUAUGCCUAAAGGUAUGCAAUUGUAUUAGAAUACUAGGAAAUCUGUCUAGUAAAAGAUACUUGAACGACGUCAAUUUACUCAGACCUUUAUUACAUCGUAAAGCUAUCUAACUGAUUUUGAUUGCAUAAUGUCAGGCGUUUUAAUUGCUGAUAUAAUAACGUUCUACACACUUCAACCAAAUUUCCAAAAACAGAUGUAUAAUUUAACCUCCAUUAAGUCAUGCGUGUUUUAUUUUUUGCCAUUUUGAUAAUAGUAAUAUACAUAGCAUGGCAAGCAUUUGGGACAUUUGUAUAUAAAAAAAUCAAUAUUUUUUUCGAUGCUUUUCAAAGGAUUCUAAAACCAACCCAAAACCAGCUGAUGUGCCACACCUAAAUACGCACCGAAAAAAACCUUCUUUUUUUUCGUACAAGUCACGAAAACUAACCACUGUUUGUUGGUGUUAAACUGAACCCAGCAUGUUCUACCCACGGUCAGUUUGGUGCGAAAGUUGCCUGUGAACAUACUAUCUGCUCCGAAACGAGCAUGUCAAUUCGUGCAAAACUAAUAUCUGCCCGGGUUGGUGCAUUGUUUGAAGAGUACUGUUCGGAAAGUUCGGUUCAUGGUGUGCGGUUUUUUGUUGGCAGCCAGAGAAAUACUUGCGUCAAACUAACUUGGUUGAGUGUUUUCAUCCUUUCGCUUGUUGGAUGUGGCGUGAUGAUACAACAGGCAUACAAUAAAUGGGACAGCACACCGGUCAUCGUUACACUCUCGGAAGUGCCAACACCCGUGUGGGAUAUGACCUUUCCGGCCGUUACAAUCUGUCCUGAGAUAAAGGUAUUGAACACACGGUACAACUAUACGCAUGAAUUUGAAACGCUGCAAAGCGAGUGGUAUCGGUCGAGACGAAACAAGAACGAUACGUUCACCGUUACUGAGGAAAGUAUCGGAAAGAUGAAAGCCAUCAUCCAUCACUGUUCGGGAAUUUACAAGCACGAGAAGAACUUCAUAUUUAACUUCAACCACGUGCCCGAACCGCCGCUGGUCGACUUUCUGAAGAAUGUUUCGCUCGACCGCCAGAACGUGUUUACCAUGUGCAGUUCGACCAGCGAUGCUCGCUGCACUAACUACAUGCAGGUGACAGUGACGAACGAAGGCAUUUGCUACUCCUUCAACAUGAUCUCACAGGAGCAAAUGUUUCACCCGGGUGUGCUGCACAGCGAGCACCAAUAUCUGGCCCGUUGGGAUGAAGGUGGCAACGAAGCGCUGGGUAAUGGUGGUCCUGGUGAACAACUUCUAAAAGUUGCCGGUUCCGGCUUAGAUGCUGCAAUAGGAUUCAACCUAAUCCAUUAUCCGCUCAAAAUUGAUACCUCUUGUGUGCGUGGCCGUGGUUACAAAGUUCUCAUCCACGAACCGACCGUCUAUCCCGAUCUGUCCAAGCGCAAUAUACGGCUGUCGGUUUCGCAAACUCUUACCGUCGCACUCAAGCCCAACAUCAUGAUGACCUCACCGGAGCUGGCGAAGUACAGCGCCCAGAAGCGGCAGUGUUACUUCACGCACGAACAUCCGCUGCGAUUCUUUCGACAGUACAACCAGGACAACUGUGAGCUAGAGUGCCUAACAAAUUACACUCUACAGCGUUGUGGUUGCGUCCAUUUCUCCAUGCCACGUACGAAUGAAACGCGCGUGUGCAAAUUGCAGAAAGCACACUGUGCAGCCGAUGCACGCGGGGUGCUCUUUAUACGCAAACAGCACCGUAACGGUACGAAAGAUUACUUGCAGCAGUGCGACUGCUUGCCGGCCUGUUCCUCCGUACGGUUCGAUCUACAGAUAACGCAAGAUUCUCACACCGAGGAACGAGAGGUACGCACCUCGAUCGAGACGGUGGAAGAACUGCAGGCAAAGCUUCAACUCCCGGUAUACUCAGUGCUUCAGGUUUACUUCCAGGACACCCAUUUCAUACCAGCCCAACGAUCCGAACUGCACGGGCUGGUUGACUUCUUGGCAAACUGUGGCGGUCUGUUGGGAUUGUUUAUCGGCGUUAGCUUGCUGAGCAUAGUGGAAGCCAUUUACUACAUUGUAGUUCGUCCAUUAUCCUUACGGAAGCGUAAAACAGACACAGGGGAAAGUCAUGAAGUGCGAUUCAUCCGUGCGAGUGUGUUCUUGUGUCCGUGUCCAAUGAGAUCCUUCCGCAAACGAUUGCGUCGCUCAGUCAGGGCGGAAGUGUUCCAGGAGUACUGUGCCAACAGUUCCAUCCACGGUGUGCGUUACUUCGACCGAGAUGAGCGAACUUCCUGUGAAAGAUUCUGGUGGCUAGUGGCUUUCCUUCUCUCGAUGGCAGGAUGUGGAGUGAUGAUUUACAAGACGUACGUCAAAUGGAACGAAGUUCCAAUUAUUGUUACCUUUUCGGAGAAAACCACACCUGUCUGGGAUAUGCAAUUUCCCGCCAUUACCAUUUGUCCCGAGACGAAAAUGUCGUCGGAAAAGCUUAACUUCACUGCCGAAAUAAAUGGUCUAUGGGCAGUGUUCUUUCAUGAGAACAGUACAGCAAAUGAUGAUAUAGUCGAGCAAGUUAAGGCGAUAUCGCAACUGUGUAACGUGUAUUUUCAUUCCGGCAAUGAUUUUUUAAUGUACAUGAACAGCACGGAAGAUAAUGUUGUCGGUACGUUAAAAUACAUAUCGCUGAACCGAAGGCAAACGGUCUUGGGCUGUACUUACGGGAAUCACUACAGGAAUUGUGAGGACUAUAUGGUCGAAACAGUCACGGAGGAGGGCCUUUGUUAUACCUUCAACAUGAUGCCAGAAAGUGAAAUAUUUCGCAAAAGUUCCCUUCAUACCGAGUACAAUUAUACGGAAGAUUGGUACCAUUAUACGAGACAGCCAACAUACAUAGAGCAGGUCCCACUGUACGCUAAAGGUGCCGGAUUGCACGCUGGUCUUUCGCUGUACCUUAAGCACACCAAGAAGGACACAGAUUACAUGUGCUCGGGUUUCUCCCAGGGAUACAAGCUGAUGAUACACGAUCCGGACGAAUAUCCACAGGUUUCGAUGCGCAACAUGCGUCUACCAUUCGGGCACGAGAUCUCCAUCGCUCUCAAACCACAAAUGAUCGUCACCUCGAAAUCCGCCGCUGACUAUAGCUGGAAGAAGCGACAGUGCUUCUUCAACCAUGAGCGCCAUCUACGGUUCUUUAAGAUCUACAAUCAGGCCAACUGUGAACUGGAAUGCUUAACAAACGUGACCCUCGCACUGUGCGGAUGCGUGCGCUUUUCCAUGCCACGUGCAAACGAUACGAAGAUGUGCCCACUAUCGAAAUGGGAAUGCAUGUUUGAUGCGAAAUGGAUGUUGGGACUAAUCACCGAACAUCGAUCAUCACACAAGGCAAUAAAGGACAUAGUUAACAGAUGUAACUGUCUGCCGUCGUGCAGCUCGGUGGACUACGAUGUCGAAAUUACCCAAACUUCGCUCGAUAUGGAUAAUUUCUUGCGAGCAAACAACAAACUUGCACAAGAGACAUCGGACAAAUUUUUAAUCACUACGCUUGCGAUCUACUUCAAGGAAUCGUACUUCAUCACGUCGAAACGUUCUGAGCUUUAUGGAUGGGUUGAUUUUUUGGCAAACUGUGGUGGACUGUUGGGUCUCUUUAUGGGUGUAAGCAUUCUCAGUCUGCUGGAGAUAUUUUACUUCCUCACAAUACGUCCUUUCUCGGUGCGCAAGAAGGCACGCAUUGCGGAGCAGCGGAAGCCGCAUGAAGUCCACAAUUCCUUGCUCGCUGUUGUUACAAAAGCUGAAGGACACAGAUUACAUGUGCUCGGUAUGUACGAGAAGACGUUGGAUAACAUACCAUCUCGCUUCAUGGAAAUCUCGAUUUCUCAGGGUUUCUUCCAGGGAUACAAGCUGAUGAUACACGAUCCGGACGAAUAUCCACAGGUUUCGAUGCGCAACAUGCGUCUACCAUUCGGGCACGAUAUCUCCAUCGCGCUCAAACCACAAAUGAUCGUCACUUCGAAAUCCGCCGCUGACUACAGCUGCAAGAAGCGGCAGUGCUUCUUCAACCAUGAACGCCAUCUACGGUUCUUUAAGAUCUACAAUCAGGCCAACUGUGAACUGGAAUGCUUAACAAACGUGACCCUCGCACUGUGUGGAUGCGUGCGCUUUUCCAUGCCACGUGCAAACGAUACGAAGGUGUGCCCACUAUCGAAGUGGGAAUGCAUGUUUGAUGCAAAAUGGAUGUUGGGACUAAUCACCGAACAUCAGUCAUCACACAAGGAAAUAAAGGACAUAAUCAACAGAUGUAACUGUCUGCCGUCGUGCAGCUCGGUGGAUUACGAUGUGGAAAUUACCCAAACUGCGCUCGAUAUGGAUAAUUUCUUGCGAGCAAACAACAAACUUGCACAAGAGACAUCGGACAAAUUUUUAAUCACUACGCUUGCGAUCUACUUCAAGGAAUCGUACUUCAUCACGUCGAAACGUUCUGAGCUUUAUGGAUGGGUUGAUUUUUUGGCAAACUGUGGUGGACUGUUGGGUCUCUUUAUGGGUGUAAGCAUUCUCAGUCUGCUGGAGAUAUUUUACUUCCUCACAAUACGUCCUUUCUCGGUGCGCAAGAAGGCACGCAUUGCGGAGCAGCGAAAGCCGCAUGAAGUCCACAAUUCCUUGCUCGCUGUUGUUACAAAAGCUGAUUAGAAUGAUGUACAUAGUGAGUUAUUUUAGCAGGCUGCACUUACCACAACCUAUUGUGCACAAAAUUUAUUGAGAGGAUUUUGCUAAAACACACAUCUAGCAAGUAACCCUCAAUCAUUUCGAUCAUGAGCACUAAUAUUAGCACAGUAUUAAAGAGAUUAUAUUAGAUUCUUACAUCUUUUUCGAAUUUUAAAUUAAGUUAACAAUAACUUAAUUAUUGCUUCGCCAUUUUUAACCCAGUUACAGCAUCGCACAAAACAAAUGCAAUCUGAUUUAGUACACCCUGUCCAAAACGUAGGCGAUCUUGUUGAUUGAAGAAUCCAUAGAGACAACAUUCCGAUUCCACGUGAACUGUUUGAGGGCGUCGAAAAGGUGUGGGUUUUCUAAUUCAACAGACGAUACAUUUGUUACGAGUAUAAACGUACAAACCCGAUUUAUUGUGUUAAGAACGCGUUUUAUUGUACUGGUAACGUGCGUUACCCACGACGUACGAACAGAGAGAAGCGUGCCCUCUAUUUGCCACUAAUUAUAUAUCCUAACUGAGUGCCUCGCGCAGGCACUCACUACUUCGGUAAGUUACUAUAAUAAAGGGUGCGUUACACGAUUUUUAUAUUUGCUAAGCUGACUCCAUGACACAUUAACAAUACAAUUUAUUCAAUUUUCAACAAUAUAACAAUAAAUAUAUUCUCGAAAAUAAUUUUAAAUUCCAUAUAAAGAAAAUUAAAUAAUUUUAAUGAAAUUUUAUUAUUGUCAUUUUGCCAGCAGAAAAAGAGGUUUCACAAAAGUUUUCACAUUUUCUUCAUUCC